AUGGACGGGAGCGACGCCGACCCCGGGACGGGAAGCGGCGGCGGGGGGUUCGAGUGGGACGCGGAUUCCCAGCUCUACUACCACGCCAGUACUGGGUUUUACCAUGACCCUGUCGCUGGCUGGUACUACAGCAGCACAGAUGGUCAGUACUACAUCUAUGAGAAUGGAGAUUACGUGUUAUGGACUUCAGAUGCGGGCAAGGAACCCAGUGUACAGAGUCCAUGUGAUGAAGCUAGCCAAAGUUUCCUGGAAUCCUCUUCAGGACCGGAACCGGAUAUUCCACAUCAACCGCCAUCAGAAUGGCUGGAGGAAACACUAAUUAACAUGUAUUUAUCAGGAUACUCUAAUAUAGAGGUCAACACUGAAAAUUUACUAGGAGAAUCACAGAUAAGUGAGGAAGGCAAAAGUGAUGCAGUUGAGAACAAACUCAGUAACGUGGCUUCAGAUAAUGCAUCAGACUCUCUGAAUGAUGCUACAUUACAGCAAAUAGAAGAUAAAAUGCAAAUCGAGAGCUUCACAGUUGUGCAUGAAUCUUUAGGGGAAGAAGAAGAGAACUGGCUUUCUCAGUAUGGUCAAGUAGAGAGAGUAAAUGAUGAGCUGCCAUUGUUUCCGAGCGUUGAUCUUUGGGACUGGCAUAUGGUCACAGAACCUGUUAGCAAAGGUCAGCCCAUGACUAGGCUUGUGGGACGUUUAACUAGGGGUUCUAGUAAGCUUCAUCCUUCUCUGCCUGCUCGUGGUGGCCUUCUAAGAACCGCUCCUGUUCGUGAAGUUCAUCUUGAUCUUGUACGUGUUUCAUCAGGGAAGUUGUACAGGCUGAGGAACCCAAGCAGAAAAUACCUGGCCUCUUUAUCAGCGUAUGACUCUUCGAACCCAACAAAAGAUUGGGCUUUUCCUGACCUAUAUGCCAACCCUAAUAACAAUUCAGAUAAGCAGUCUACUGCAUGUUGCCUGUCUGAUAUUGCUCAUGAAUCUUCUACCGGGGAAGGUGUUUCAGCUGCUAGUGGCAAGGAGCACAAGAUAAAUACUUAUAGGGACAGGGCUGCUGAGAGAAGAAAGCUACACCGCGGCUUAGGGAUAGGACCGGGGCAGAAGCAAAGUAACGGCAUGAGUUCUGAUGAAUAUGAAGAUGCAAUCGAGGACAUGGACUCCUUGGGAGCUGGACCAGUUGAUAUGAACUUAUGUUCCAGCAGUUUGAAGUCUGCGAAGAGAAUCAUGGAGAACAUGGGCUGGAAAGAAGGAGAGGCCCUUGGUAAAAGCAGACAGGGUAUUGUAGAACCUAUACAGCCUACUUUCAACAAACAUGGUGCUGGUUUGGGAUGGAAUCAAACCCGCUGA